AUGCUUUUCGAAGAUAGGCAGAAUAAUAUUAAAACGGGUCCUACGCUUGUCGGAUUCAACGAAUCACAGAAUGAACACGAGAAUACAGUGUGUCCGAAGCAUCCGGAGUCGUCAGAUCGAAUACAGAAAAUCAAAGAAGCACUGCAGCAAACAAAAGUUCUCGAGAAAUGUCAUGUGUUGACGAGUUUUCUUGAAAUUGACGAUGCCGAUUUGGAACUAACCCAUGCGAAAAGUAUGGUUAAAGAAAUGGUUGAAUCAAAGACUAAAACACAAGAAGAAAUUAAUUCACAAUGCGAAAAAUACGAUUCCAUAUUCAUGACAGAGAACUCGAUAAAAGUGGCAAAAGACGGCAUCGCAUGCGUUCGUGAUUUGACGAAUCGAAUAAUGCUGGGCGAAGCAAUGAAUGGUUUCGCAGUGAUUCGGCCACCUGGUCAUCAUGCUGAUUCUUCACAACCAUGUGGUUUCUGUAUAUUCAAUAACGUUGCUCAAGCUGCUGAAGAAGCAUUUUUCAACGGAGCCGAGCGGAUUCUGAUCGUCGAUCUCGAUGUUCAUCAUGGUCAAGGUACUCAGCGCAUUUUUUAUGAGGAUAAGAGAGUUCUAUAUUUCUCUAUUCAUCGCUACGAACACGGAGUCUAUUGGCCUCAUCUUCCCGAAUCGGAUUUCGAUCAUAUCGGUGCCGGUGUCGGUCUAGGAUACAACGCAAACAUUCCACUUAAUGAAACCGGAUGCACAGAUUCGGAUUAUCUCUCAAUUCUAUUCCAUAUUCUUUUACCACUUGCCACCCAAUUUGAUCCUCAUUUUGUUAUAGUUUCUGCCGGUUUCGACUCUCUUAUUGGAGAUCCUCUCGGUGGAAUGUUACUCACACCUGAUGGUUAUUCUCAUUUUAUUUACCAUUUGAAAUCGCUAGCUCAAGGUAGACUUCUAGUGGUUCUAGAAGGAGGCUACAAUCAUCAAAUGUCCGCUGUAGCAGCUCAGAAGUGUGUUAGAGUGCUGUUAGGACAUGCGCCGUAUCCGGCAAGUAUGGAAGAACCACCGAAAGAAAGUACUGUAACUUCUUGCGUGAACCUGGCAUCUGUUCUCCGUCAUCAUUGGAACUGUUUCGAUUACUUUCCAUCUCGGGCAACAAUGAGACUUGCAGAGUGGCCAGUUGUCAAUCCGAAAAUCGAGUUCAAAUAUGAUCCAUCGUCCCGGUCUGCAGACACUGGAGAGAUAAUUCAAAGUGAUCUUUCAUCCACAAAAUUCACUGAAUCAGAUAAUAUGCCGUCUGAUGAAAUGGAAACUUUCAUAUACUUCAACGAAGGCGACGAUGCACAUUUUGAUCUAGAAGAAGAUAAUCAUCCGGAGAAACCAGCAAGAACGCGUCGAAUUCUAAAGACGUUAAAGGAAUCUGGAGUUCUCGAAAAAUGUAUUGAGAAGAAUAGUGAACGUGUAGCAACUGAUGAAGAAAUCAGAAUGGUGCAUACAAAGAAAAUGUUAGACCAUUUGAAGAAGACAGAGACGAUGAAAGAUGAAGAAUUGAUGGAAGAAGCAGAGAAAGAAUUCAAUAGUAUUUUCUUGACGAGAGACACGCUGAAAGUUGCCAGAAAAGCUGUUGGAGCUGUGUUAGAGCAAACCGAUCAUCUCGAAAUACCAAUGGAGACCUGGCACAUUGUAAAUGGCCCAAUGAGUCCAGAGGAGUUGAGAGACGAUUCGGAAGAAGAAGAAACUGAUGAUAUUUGA